AUGGAGAGCAAUGACGCGGAAGACGAGGAAAGAGGGCUGAACCUGAGAUUUAGAAUCUGGAAAUUGAUGGGGAAGAGGCCAGGAGACAUUUACCAGAAGUUCUUCCACAAGAUGAGUGCAGAUAAAAUUCGUAAGAGCUCGAAGCACAACGUCUGGAAGGAAUAUGCAAAUUGGUUUGACAAGUCGAAGAAGUCCGCAACAAUUACCGCUUAA